AGCAUGCUAAUAAAACACCGACUACAAUACAUGCGUGUAGUUAUAUAUUAGACCUAACGUUUGAAAUCUAUGUAACUCUUAAAAUGUCCUUUUGUCAAAAAAUAGUACAUAUCUUUUUAAUAUCAACUACCAUCCAACAAUUAUAUCAUCCAUAAAAUGAUGUCUAACGAAUUGUCAUUGUGAUGUAUCAUAUUGUUAAAAAUUACAAAAUUAAAAUACUUUGAUGCUAGAUGAGUUAAGAAUAUUUUACAAAAUUCAUUUAGUAUAAAAAUAUUGUUUCGGCUAUAUUAUAUGUCUUGUUUGUUUAUCACUGCCACUUGCAAUCGAAUGUUGUUUGUCUAUUGCUUGUUAUAAUUAGCUGCAUUUUGCAGAAAUUAAAAAUUUAAAUGGAUUUUCAGAAAUCGGAAUUAACGAUUUACUAUUAAUCGCUGCAAGUCAUGUGAUUAAAAACACGAACAAUAACUAUGACUUACAAUCACAGUUGCUGAAAAAACUAUGUCACAUCUCGCAAUGACUGUUAAACGAACAUAGCCUAGUAUACAAAUUGUUCGCCUGUGAGUAAGAAUACUAUUAAAAAGUAAGCAAAGGAAACUUAACGCGGAUAAGAAAGAAAAUCAUUACACACACGCUAUUGCUUUUUUAGUGUAAUGAAGUUGUCAAAGUAGUUAGAUCGUGUUUUGUGUGUAAGAGAGAGAUGGGUCUUACUAAAGGGUCUUUUCCCUAUUUCCAAUUUAAUAACAAUCAAAGAGAUGUCAUCCCCACACCUUAUUCUACAUUUUUGUUUAGUGGUUUAACUAUAAAGUUUAGAAUACAAUUUGUACUUUCAAUUAUUUUGAAGUUUUUGAUAUAGUUAACAUCGUUAACGUAUACAUAUAACGUAUACAUGCUGACAUGAUCCCGGAGUUUUGGGUGUGUGCCGUGUCCGCUUUCGAAUCGAUUAAGGUAUGUCCUCCAUAAAAAUAAUCACCAUUUUUAUCAAAUUAAUCAUAUUAUUGCUAAAAUAUUUAGUUGUUAACAUACCGAUUAUUAUUUUUGGACCGUUAACAUACUGCAUUAUUUACGCAAGAAAGAGCAUGAUCAUUUUCCUAUUACCAUUUACUAUUACUUAUAAUAAUAAAAUAUCAAAAAAAAAAACGUUAAUACAUAUAUGUACCUUUCGAAAACAAUAUAAUGUUUAUAAUUUGAUAAAAUAUAAACUAUGACUAUGUUAUUAUAAGGAUUAAGAGAGUUGUUUAAGAUAGCUUUGACUCUAAGCAAAAAUGACUAAAUAUGGACUAACUAAUACUCACUCCAAAGCAAGAAUAUGUAAAUGGAAGCUAAGAGUGACAUUACAUCUUUUGAUUUUCUAUAAAUAUUUUCCUUAAUGUUAAUCGCAAUAUACUUUACUUUGCUUGCAGUGAUAUUAUCUUACAUACACGCUUCUAAUUUUCCUUUCAAAGUAAAAUUUAGGAAUGCAGAAAUUGACCUAUCUUUUUCUACCUAGUUGACUAUAUAUUGACUGUACGUAUACGACCAAAUCAAGAGGAAACGUGAUUCAUUAUAUUAAGGAUGUUCUUGUUUUGUCUAGAAUUCGGUAUGGAUCCAAAUCAUAUGUGCACAUCAAUAUCUCAAAUCGUGUAAAAACUAUAUAUACUAUAUUUUUAAAAGCAAAAAUUGAAAAUUUCCAUUGGACAUAUAGUCCAUAUAGAGGUUAAUCCCUUAUUAUAUCAGAAACGUAAGAACUAGAUAAUACCGACCACGUCUUUAGUAAUCAACUUUCGAGGUUCUUGUCUUCCAAAUUUAUAAACUAUUGUUCAUUCGAAUUAUAUAUAUAUACACAUAUCUUUUUGUUUGGUUAAGUUAGUAUUUAUUUGUGGGUUAAGAUAUGAUAACUAUUUAGGGGUGGUAACUUUGAAGGCCAAGGAAAAGCUUUCAAGUAAAAGAGAGCGAAAAGUAACCCUCAAUGACACAAUUCUAAGAAAAGUAUCAAUUUAAGCACAUGGAAAUAUUCAAUUCACUUUCCAAAAAAGCAUAAAGAAAAGCCAGAUUUUCUUUUAUAUAAAACGUUUUAUCAGUAACAAUUAAUCUAAAUGUUCGUUCAUAGUGAGUACUUAUUAGUGACCAAAUAGAUGAAUUAAAUAAGAAACAAUCUCUACUUUGGUAGUUAUGUGAAUUCGUUUUACACAAUUAAAGUUAAAUCAACCACUAUAGCUGGAAGAGGUAUAACAUCUACACAAUUUCAAAAAAAUUAAUAAUGCUAAUUAGCUUAAUGGCUGCACUUACCAUAACAAAUCACAUAUUCUGACCAAGACUGAAGACUCAACGGACUAAAACUUUUGAAUUUUAUUCAUAAUCAUAAGCAAAAACUUACCAAAACUAUCGAUUCUAUAAAUACACUAACUUGACUAUGAACUAUUCCAUUAAGAAUACACAAAACCGAAAGAAAAAGUCAGAUUAUGUUUCUUGUUAUUUUAUAAAAAUUAAUAAUACAAAUUAUGGUUAUUGCUGAAGAAAAAAAGAACUUAUUAUACGGUAGAAAGGUAAAACAAUCAACAUCCAAAAUACAUAUAUUAAUAAAAUAAUAAUAAUUGAGUUUCUGCUUGUUUUAGACUGUGAGAUAUCAAAAUAAGAACCUUUACUCUAAUUAUUACUGAUAAAAAAUCAUGACAACAAAAAUUAAGAAUAAACAUCCAAACCAGUAGUUAAUUAACAACAAUAAAAUAUCAGUUUAAGGCAAAACGAAGCCUCUAAAGUUUGAUGUAAACCUCCGAAAAAGCCAAAAAUAAUAAUAUUAAAAAGAAAAAGAGUAUACUGUUACUAAUAUUAAGAGACUUAAAGAGCUCACAUAAACAAAAAAAAAAAAACAAAAGGUUUUCCCCAAAUCCACAAACCCCACUCUCAAUUUCUCUCCCCCAUCACUCUCUCUCUCUCGUUUUCUUCGGCUGUGAAGCAACAGGAACUCCGAAAGUUUCGAUUUUUGGUUGAGUCUCGGUGAGAGAGAAGAGAAACAGAGACGAAUCUUUGAAUGCAAUGUGAGAGAGAUCAACGAAGAAGACGAAGUAAAGUUUGCUUUUUUACUCACUCGGAGCCUCAACAAUGGUGGCCGCGGCAAUCUCCGGCACCGACCCGAGAAACCCACCUCGAGAUCGACCCAACAAUGGCGGACAGAGAAGACCCAGAGGCAAACAGGUCCCUUCACGCUACUUAUCUCCUUCUCCUUCUCACUCCCUCUCUUCAUCCACCACCACCACAACAACAACAACAACAACCUCCUCUUCGUCCUCUUCCUCCUCGCUGAAGACGAGCAAGCGAUACCCAUCUCCGUUACUCUCCAAUUCCGCUUCCAAUUCGAACAAAACGCCGUCGUUUCCACCCAAACGGUCUCAAUCCGUGGACCGCCGCCGACCCUCGCCGUCUCCGGUCACCGAAAUGUCCGCGGCGACGAAGAUGCUCAUCACCUCCACCAGGAGCUUGUCGGUCUCGUUCCAAGGCGAGGCCUUUUCGCUUCCCAUUAGCAAAAAGAAGGAGCCUGUCUCUCACCGGAAACCUACUCCGGAGCGGCGGAGAUCCACGCCGGUUCGAGAUCAGAGGGAGAACUCCAAGCCAGCGGACCAGCAGCUCUGGCCCGGAGCCUCUCGAUCCGUUGCCCCGAACCCGCUUUCCAGAAGCUUAGACUGUGGUAACGAAAGAGGAAAGCUCGGAUCUAAGGUUUCUAUUAAUGGAAGGUUGAGUUUAGAUAUGGAAGGUAGGGAUGAUGAGUGUUUGGAAACUGGGAGAAGACCAAACAGUGGUUUAACCUCUGACUUAACCGCUUCUGAUACUGAUAGUGUCUCUUCCGGUAGCACUAAUGGUAAUGGAGAAAUCUCAAAGUCAAAGAGCUUGCCUCGUAACGUUAUGGCUUCCGCUAGGUUCUGGCAAGAGACUAAUAGCAGGUUAAGGAGGUUGCAGGAUCCUGGCUCUCCUCUAUCCUCUAGCCCCGGUUUGAAAACUAAUGCGUCAUCAAAGUUUGGUGGUUAUUCGAAAAGGUUCUCUAGUAGUGAUGCUGUUCCUUCAUCAUCUCCUCGUGGGAUGGCCUCUCCUGUGAGAGGUGCUGCUAUUCGCUCUGCUUCGCCGAGUAAGCUUUGGGCGACGACUACUUCAUCUCCAGCUAGAGCGCUUUCGAGCCCUUCUCGAGUGAGGAACGAGGUUUCUGCUCAGAUGAACGCUUAUAACCGCAACAAUAACACGCCUUCGAUUCUUAGCUUCUCUGCUGAUGUAAGGAGAGGGAAGAUCGGGGAAGACCGUGUUAUGGAUGCGCAUUUGUUGAGGCUUUUGUAUAACCGUUAUCUGCAGUGGCGGUUUGUCAAUGCGAGGACUGAGUAUACUUUAAUGGUGCAAAGAUUGAAUGCAGAGAAAAACCUGUGGAAUGCAUGGGUAUCAAUCUCAGAACUGCGCCACAGCGUCACUUUAAAGCGGAUCAAGUUGCUUUUGCUAAGGCAGAAACUGAAAUUGGCUUCUAUUCUCAGGGGACAGAUGGGAUAUCUAGAGGAAUGGUCUCUUUUGGACAGAGAUCAUUCAAGUUCUUUGUCGGGCGCAACAGAAGCUUUGAAAGCCAGCACGCUUCGUCUACCAAUUCUUGGAAAAACCGUGGUUGAUAUUCAAGAUCUUAAGCAUGCUGUUAGUUCAGCCGUCGAUGUAAUGCAAGCUAUGUCAUCUUCCAUAUUCUCACUUACAUUGAAGGUUGAUGAAAUGAAUUCUGUGAUGGUCGAGGCGGUGAAUGUAACUGCAAAGGAAAAGGUUUUGCUUGAAAGAUGUCAAGGCUUCUUAUCAAGAGUAGCAGCUAUGCAGGUUACAGAUUGUAGCAUGAAGACGCACAUAAUACAACUAAGACCAAUCACAAGCAGCUUGACUUCACAACAACAACUGUAGAAAGAAAAAAACUGAUCUUCCUCAACAGAACAGAUUUGUUCUUUUUGACUACAACAACAACAACAACAAACUAUUCUCAACAAGAACAGAUUUGCUAACACGGUGUGCCUCUUCCUUCCUCCGAAUCACUGUCCUUAUCGUUUUCAAACCAAGAUUAAGGUGAGAUUCGUGGGUUUAUUAUCAACAUCUCUCUAUCCUCCCUGCUCUCUGUUGCUGCUGGUAGUUCUACGUUUGUUUUUUUUCUUUUCAUGUAAGAUUGCAAGUAGUAAUGCCCUCUAAAAAGUAAGUAAGCUUUAGAUUUGUAUACAAAAAGUUUUAUAUUCUAAUGGUUCUUUGGUUUGUGUACAUAUAAAGAUGUAGUAGUUUGUAUGACUCACUGAUCUUGUCUGCUUUUUUUCAGUUCUAGACUUAUUACCGUCUUUUUUAUUUAUGUUAA